UGCAACUGAGUUACAAGUUAGUUGAUAUACCUUUUAGAAAAAGCAUCUAUGGAGUAAAAUAUGAUUUGUGCAUAGUUUAGGAGGUUAUUGGAUAAACUUCACUGUUUAUAUUUAUGAUUCAUGCCAUACUUUUCCCUUCGAGCUUAAAUUUGAGAUUUAUUGUGGUUUUUAAGGUUGGUGCAGACUGGGAAUCUUGUGCUCCUACUUCUAUGGCAUAUUCUUCAUUUUAUUGUCAGCAUAUUCUACUUUGUGCUGGAAAUAGCUCGUGUGGCUGAAAGCUAUUUUAUUUCUAGUGGCUUCUUGAGAAAUACAAAUACUUAAAUUUGGCCAAGCUACUAUUCCCGGUCAUUAUUAUAGAAAGUGAAGAAGCAUACCAAACUUUACAAGUUAUUGAGCUUUUACAGUGGCGGGGAGCUAUUGGUGUGAAGAGUGUGUGCCUGUAUGAUAAAGAAGGAGUGAUGAAGAAAUCAAAGCAAGCCAUCUUGGAGAAAUUGAACAAUGCGGUGAUAUUUAAGGUGCUGCCAACAUUAUCACCAAAUUAUUGUUCAUUACAUGCAGGAAUCUGGCGAGAAUGAUAAGCAUGUUGAUCACAACCAUAUGAUGUUGGAAUUUGCUUCAUUCUCUGAUGGAAAGGAAGCUGUGACUAAAGCAGCCAACUCACUUUUCCUGAAGCAUUUGAAAUUGAAUAAGUUGGCUGGAGACCAGGAGCGGCAAAUAUUUACAGAACCUCACAUGGCUGAGGCACUAAAAGCUAUUGGUUGCAAAGGGGCAGGUCCUGACCUUCUAUUAGUUUAUGGACCUGCAAGAUGCCAUCUAGGUUUCCCCGUAUGGAGGAUUCGAUAUGCUGAGAUUGUACAUAUGGGACCAUUAAAGUCGAUGAGAUAUGGCUCCCUAAUAAAAGCCAUUUACAAGUUUGCCAGUGCCAAAACUAUGGUAAGUGGUUUUCCUUGCUGAUAUGUAAUUUCAUUUCUAAUAUAGGAAAGUGAGCAUUGAUCAUUUUCAUUGUAAAACUAUGUUUUUAGCCGCUUUUUUUGUUCUUUUUUUUUUUUUUUUAAUGAGUACAAUGGUGUUGGAUGGCGAAGUGGAGAGGCAUAAUCUUCUCAACGCCCAUAUAAUCCGGAGCGAAACCUGAUCUUGAAUGCUUCAGUGUGAUCUGUAACACCCUGUCCCGAACAACAUUGAAAUUUUCUUCACGUUGACCGAGGUUGACGGGGCUUGACCGCCAUUGACCGAAAGGGGUCAAAAUUUGACUUUUUGAUCCGGAUGGAAUUUCUCUUUGACCGGAGUAUCGUUGCAAAGUAUGCAUCGAUCCGAGUCUAUAGACUAGUAGCACAUCAAAAGCGGAGCUACAAUUUGAAAGAUAUGAGCAAAACAAGUUGAGCUCCGAAUUGUCCAAGGGGUGCCGGAGUUGACUUUUUGUUCGUGCAAAGUUGAGCUUUGACUCAUGUACGGUUGUGAAGUACACGUUGAUACGAGUUUAUAGACUAGUGGCAUGCUCGAAAUGGAUAUGUGGUUUACAAGUUAUGGAUAUGCAAAGUUUUUUUUUUAAUA